GCGUACGAAGCGAUCGUUCCUCAGCCGUUUGGUCUCGGCGAUCUGGCGCAUCACCGAGUCGCCCGAGUUCUCCGCCGACCACCUCCUCCGCCUCGCGACGAAGACUCGGUCCGUCUCGGGAGAGUCCGGCAUGACGCAAAAGUGCUCACCGCACGAAAAUCGGUCCGAUCACGAGGGGCAGGGUUCGAUCACGACCCUGGCUCUGACGUCCUUCUCGCCCACGCAUCCGUGGAUAUCCCUCUGGUCGCAGCUCUUCGCUCUGUACUUCUCGUACCGCUUCUUCACCGUUUCAUAG